AGAGGACUAAAACAAAGAAGAGAAGGAAGAAUAGUAAUACAAAAAGCAUGAAAUAAACAUCAGGGAAGGGGAGGGGAGGGGAGGUGAGGGAGAGAGAGAGGAAGUUGAGAUCACGUUUGUUUGUUUGUUGUAGGUGCUGGCUGUUGUGAUUGUUGGUGUUUCUUGGAUAUUUUACAACGCAGAUUGGAAGGAGAGGGAAGAAGAAAGGAAAAACCUAUUUGCAAAUGGGAAGGGACGUUACAGGCUUACGCAUUGACAAGAAGCCCAGCAUGGUCAAUGUGAUAUCCAAUGGCACCAAUGAAGCCGCAAUUCAUGUUUCACCUAAAGUGUCACCAGAAAAAGUUGAGACGAGAGAUUAUGAACCUGGUGAUCAGACUGUGAAUGGCAUACCUGAUAAAUAUAACAAGAUGCAAGAUGUUACAGGUGUCAAAAGCAUCAAACGUGAGCUUGAAGAGAAAAUCAAUGAAACCGAGGCUAGGAAGUCAUUUGGGAAAACAUUGAGCUGGUCAACAAAGCUAUCGUCGGGGUCUGUUGUUGAUGGCACAACAGUUGCAAAUUCUUUAGAGCAGCCGGCACCUACUACAGAGGAUGAGAAACAGACUUUGUAUACUAAGGGGGUUGAGACCAAUGAUUCCGGAGCGGAUUUUUCACCACGGUCUAAUGAUCUACAUAGUCCUAAGAACACAGAAAAGCAGCAGCCAAACUCUCCUUCCAUGUCAACAAAGCAGCAACUUCUCCACUAUAAAAAUGUUUACCAUGAAGAAGACAAUUGUUCCAUGGCGUCCUCUGAUGCAACGUAUCAACGGACAAUUAGAUCCAGAGUUACAGUUCCGGUUGCUCCAAAAUUCACUUGCGUGGACCGUUUAGAGAAACGCAAGGAGUUUUAUGCAAAGUUGGAGGAAAAGCACAAAGCUUUGGAGAAAGAGAGACUUGAACAUGAAGCCAAAGUCAAGGAGGAGGAAGCGGCAGCUAUUAAGGAGCUGAGGAAGAGCAUGGUGUACAAAGCAAAUCCAGUUCCUGAUUUUUAUCGAGAAGGGCCUCCCCCAAAACCUGAGCUUAAAAAGUUACCGGUCACUCGUGCUAAAUCACCAAAGCUAACAAGGAGAAAUAGUUGUGGUGAUGCAGUAAAGAAUCCAAAGGACAAGGUACUUUGUGAAAGAGCAGCUCGUCACGAUGUGAGCAUUUACCGAAGGUAAAAACUCCCCCACUAUUCCAAACGGUAAGGAUUGAAUAUAAAACAUGAAUGAAACCAGCAGAUUUGAAGAUCAUGAAGGAUCAUCAUCCGAAAGAGACAACAAGAAGUUCUCAUGUGAAGGAGAAUGAGAAUGCAAAUAUUGUUGUUGAGUUGUGAAAUAUAUGUCUUUUCACCCUUUGGUAGUUUUAGUUUUUGAAACUUUAGUAUGUAAAAACUUCUAAGUUUUCAUAUAUGUGAUAUUAAAAAUGUUGUCAUGACAGUUUUCUUUUC